AUGCCGGUAUCACGACCAACCAACACCAUCGUCGACACUCCCAGCUUAGAGCCAUCCCAUACGAUAGCAGGCAAUGAUAGUACUACCCCCAAGCAUCCACCGUCAGUGCAAUAUCGACCGUCACAAUUUGGUCAUCCACAGGUUCCAGACAACAGAGAAAGACCAUAUCGAAGCAGCCCUGCAUUUUGUAAUGAGAGUGAAGAGGCAAAGGAGUUAAAUUCACCGGCUGCAUCCGAAGAUUCUUCUGACCAGAUGGUGCUUUCAACACCUUCUGGAAAGUUCGAACAUACCCCCCAGUCUGGUAAUCGAGGCCAUCGAGCUAUCACGCUAAAGUAUCGGGCCAGUUUGACAGCAAUUAAUGGUGAUAACCACCACACGGAUCCAGAUAUAAGCGAAUUAAUUCCGCUUGCCCAGAUGGAGUCUAACGAGCGAGAAAAUUCAUCUGAUUGGCAAGGAAGCCGGCGAGCGUCCAAAGGAAUUUCCGUCGAGCACAGAAGAAAUGACCAACAUAUGUCCCAGGAGGGGUCACUAAGCAGAGGAGGAAGCCCCGACCAGCCUUCCUCUAAGAACACACCGGCAGAUUUGUAUCCCUCAAGAUUGUCCCCUGAAACACCCAAAGGAGUCCCAAACCAGCAGUCAAUAUCUACUGGUAUUACGAACUGCAAUGUUGCACAGCAGACAAUGCGUCCAAAUGUCCAGAACACGGCGCAGCCUCAAGCGCGAGACGAUUCGCAAGCAACUCUACAGAUUCAAACUCUCAACCAUCCCAUUCAUACACGCCAGAUUCCCAAUCUAGAAUUUCUCAAAUUAGCAGUGUGCCAGGGAGUACCCACACAAGCGGUUGGUCCAUACUCCCUCCUCGUGCUCCCACGCAGUUCUGACAUGAAGUCCGAAGCCGUUGGUCCAAUAUCAACCUCAUCACCCUUCCUGAGCAACCCUACCAGUCUUCCUCACUAUCCUCUUCACGAAUUGCAGGGACACAGCACCGAAAGGUACUGGGGCCCUCCGCUCCCAUCAUUGUCACAGCAAAUGUCCCAUCAUGCAGGGGAGCUUUAA